AUGCCUGCAUCAAGAUUUAAAACUUGUCGUCAAAUUUCAGAAAAUGUUUGGCAGACCAAAAAACUUACUCAAAAACAAAAAGCCAUUAUUUUGAAGCUUCGAAAAAAAACAAAUAAAAAACAAUCUGACUUUUCCAAAGAAUUACAAACUAUACAAAAGUUGUCCCUUUUUUAUGGAAAAUUACCCAUUAAAAAGAUGCAAAGGUCUAAAACGCAGACUUAUCUAGAUAAAAAAAAUAGUUUGUUAUUCGAUAUAGAACGAAGAUUAGACGUUAUUCUGGUUCGUCUUAAUUUCUGUUUAACUAUUUUUCAAGCAAGGCAGCUAAUAAGUCAUAAAAAAAUUUGUGUCAAUUAUAAAAUGGUCAAUAUUCCUGGUUUUCAAUUAUCUAACGGUGAUCUUAUAUCUAUUCAAGAUAAUUUUAUAUAUUUCAUUAGAUCCAAAAUAAGACAAAAUUUUCAGAGUAACCGAAUAUGGAGAAUAAAACCUACUCAUUUAGAGGUUAAUUAUAAAACACUAAAAGCCGUGGUAUUAUAUGAACCUCAACAAAUACAAUUCCCUUAUAGCAUAGAUCUAGACCUUCUUGAUUAA